AUGUAAUUAUUUUAGAGGUGUCUAGUGGCUAGAUUUUCAUUAGCCAUCCCCAAAUUCAAGCAUAAAGAAUAGCCUUAUGUAAAGGACAUUCCAAUGCCCAAAAGACCCAAGCUUGAUCCUAAAGACCCAUACGAGAAGUAUGAACUUGUGAAGCCCCGUGAAUAUGAAUUCAGACAAGCUUUAGAUGAAAGACAUACUAAAAAUUUCUACCCAGGCACUACUUAUGUUGCUGUUCAUAAAGGGGGAAUUACUUAUCACUUAUUUGAUGCAUCAAGAUUCCCAUAUGGUAAGAUGUGUUCAAAAAUUGCCUACCAUCUGAGCGGAAAACAUAAGCCAACAUUCCGAAAUAAUGAACCUGGGAAAGUUACAGAUAAAUUUAUUAUUGUUAAUGGCUGUAACAUGUAUUUAACAGGCAAAAAAAUCAAUUAUAAAGUACUUACUUACCAUACGGGUUAUAUUGGAAAUUUAAAAUAAAUAAAAUUCAGAGAUCUAAUCCUCCAAAAACCGGAAUAAUUAGUUGCUUGGACUGUUUCCAAAAUGUUACCAAAUACUGUGUAUAGAAUGGACAAACUUGAUCAUAUUCAUUUAUUCAGAGGCAGAUUCCAUACUUUCGAUGAUAUUUUACCCUAAAUCUUACCUCACCAUACAGAUUUUGAAUACAGAGGAAGCAUCUUGUAAGACAUGAAAGAAGGCGAUGAUAGAACUCUUCUUUUUGCCAGCAAACCUGUUUCUUAAGAAUAGAUUAAAUAGGAUCUUGGAGAUAUUAAAUAACAGAUCAUGGAUCCAAGUGAAUUGGAUAACGAUUUAAUAUUCACACCAUUUGUUGAAAGGCCUUAAAAAAUUAAACUUAAUAUGACUUAGCAUGAAUAUGAUAAAUUAAAUAGAAGAAGAAAGCGAUUGAUGUAGAGAUACAGAAAAUAUAUGCCCAUUCCUUAUAGAAAUACAAUUGAAAAAGCCGAUUUCACUAAGAGUUAUGUCGUUAAAUCAGAGAAAUAAUUAAAUAGAUUGGGACUCUAGAAAAUUAAGCCAUUGGAUGACGAUCCAGAAUUAGAUGAUGAGACAACUAAAUUCUGAGAGUAUUUUUAAUAAAAAAUAUAUUAUUAAUAAAAUCAAAAUCAA